GCGUCGAGCCAUGUUGUAGGAAAUCCGCUUGCGGCGGAUUAUUGUAAUCCGACAGAGGGUCUGGACGGCACAUCGGAUCACGACAAAAAACCAAAGCCCAGCGGCCUGUAACAGAUGCAGCUCGUCCGAGAAUAAAGGGAUAAAGUUGGGAUAUGAUCUGCCGCCCUGCUCGGUGCUCCCUCAGCCAGUGAUCGGCGGUUCCCGGGCCGUUUCCUGGACCCAUCCGUCUGACACACUCUGACAGCGGCUUGGCACCACUGCACCGCGGAGCAGAGGGGAGAGGAAAAGCGUUUAUUCGGCGCUUAAAGAGGUCUCCCCCAUCUCCCUUCCCCCGUCAGGUUUAGGUCCAGCCCGGCUCGGCUCGGCUCGGCUGUCCUGUCUGCGGACUCAAGCACCGCUGCCGCCGUUCACAUUCAACUAACUACAGCGGCUAGCUCACUCCAGCUAGCGAGCUAGCUAGUCAGGAAUUUAUCAAGUUUAGUUCGGAAUUGAUUAAAUUUGCGGGCCCGCAGCCCACCGGGAGGGAGGAUGUCGGCCAAAGACCAAAACAAACUCUCCACCACUGAACGACCCAUCAAAGCGGUGCCAUAUCCUCCCGGUACACGCCUGACGGUCAAAGACCUGUAUGUGGACGGGAGGCCCAGCGUGGACGUGCUGAAGGCCCAUCUGGUGAAGGAGGGCCGGCUGGAGGAGGAGGCGGCUCUACGAAUCAUCAACGAGGGAGCCGGCAUCCUCCGCCAGGAGAAAUGCAUGCUGGAAGUGGAAGCCCCCAUCACAGUGUGUGGAGACGUCCACGGCCAGUUCUUUGACCUGAUGAAGCUCUUCGAGGUGGGCGGUUCCCCCAGCAGCACCCGCUACUUGUUCCUUGGGGACUAUGUGGACCGAGGGUACUUCAGCAUCGAGUGUGUACUGUACCUCUGGGCUCUGAAGAUCAACCAUCCCAACACCCUCUUCCUCCUCAGAGGCAACCACGAGUGCCGGCAUCUCACAGAAUACUUCACCUUCAAACAGGAGUGUAAAAUAAAGUACUCGGAGCGUGUAUAUGAUGCCUGUAUGGAAGCGUUUGACUGCCUGCCUCUGGCUGCUCUCCUCAACCAGCAGUUCCUCUGUGUGCACGGAGGUCUGAGCCCUGAAAUCACCUGCCUGGAUGACAUACGAAAGCUGGACCGGUUUAAGGAACCUCCUGCGUUUGGGCCGAUGUGUGACCUCCUGUGGUCGGACCCGGGGGAGGACUACGGUUCAGAAAACACCCAGGAACACUUCUGCCACAACAGUGUCAGAGGCUGCUCUUAUUUCUACAGUUACCCAGCAGUAUGUGACUUCUUGAUGAACAAUAACCUGUUGUCUGUAAUACGAGCACAUGAAGCCCAGGAUGCAGGGUAUCGAAUGUACAGGAAAAGUCAGACGACAGGCUUCCCUUCUUUAAUUACAAUCUUCUCGGCUCCUAACUACCUGGAUGUGUACAAUAACAAAGCGGCGGUGCUGAAAUAUGAGAAUAAUGUGAUGAACAUCCGGCAGUUUAACUGCUCCCCUCACCCCUACUGGCUGCCCAACUUUAUGGACGUCUUCACCUGGUCUCUGCCCUUCGUCGGAGAGAAAGUGACGGAGAUGCUGGUGAACGUGUUGAACAUCUGCUCUGAUGACGAGCUCAUGUCAGAAGGGGACGACACAUGUGAAGGUGGAGCUCCAGCUGUCAGGAAGGAGGUGAUCAGAAAUAAGAUCCGGGCGAUUGGAAAGAUGGCCCGCGUCUUCUCUGUGCUCAGAGAGGAGAAUGAGAGUGUGUUACAGCUGAAGGGGCUGACCCCGACAGGGACGCUGCCUCUGGGAGUUUUGUCUGGAGGUCGGCGAACUCUGCAAAGCGCCACCGUAGAGGCAGAAGAGGCACGAGCCAUUCAAGGCUUCAACCCGCAGCACAAGAUCCAGAGCUUCGAGGAGGCCCGAGGUCUGGACCGGAUCAACGAGAGGAUGCCCCCCCGCCGCGACAGCAAGCAGCACGAGGCCGGCCCCUCCCUCAACAACCUGCCGGCCAGCACCGGACCUCCGGACAAGAACGGCACCAACGUGCAGGCCUAGAUCCUCCCCCUUCAUCUCCCCUCCCCUUCCUCCCCCUCCUUCCUUCCACCUUCCCUCUUUUCUCCUUUAAGAGCAGGAGAAGAGGCAGUUCAGUCACCACGCUUAAUUUAUUUUAUCAUCUAUUAAAUAUCAUAGUUUAAGACUGAACAGGAUAAAAUCUCAACCGUACGUGGACUCUGCUAAAGGCGACCCCCGCCCUGUCGAGCCGAGCCCCUCCAUUUUAUAAUCAGGAGGCUGGUUUCAGGACGCCGCCGUUUUUCUUUGUCCAGGGAGGAAUUAACGCUCAUUCAAACGCUGUGUUCGUGCCCACACACACACACACAUGCACACACGCACACACACACACAUACACACGCACACACACACACACACACACACACACAGAAAUAACACAGAUUGCAUAAAUCCAUCCUUUCUUAUGCCAAUGAUAGUGUGACUGAGCUCUGAGGAGCAAGUAUUGACAUUUAUAUUAUAUAUGUAUAUUUUAAUUGUUCCCUCUUUUCAAUGUGAUGGGUUUUUUUUGUUUGUUUUUUUGUUUUGUUUUUUUACAACACAUAGAUUUAGGCUGAAUUAUCCAGUGUGGGGAGAGGGGGAGAGGGGGUGAGGGAGGGAGGAAAGGAGGGAGGGAGGGAUAGAAGGAAGGCAGAGAGAGAGAGGGGGAGAGUUAAAGGGUUGUUCCGUUCUCUUACAGCGUGAGUGAGGAAGUUCAUUGUGAGGUUGGAAAUGGUAGAAAUCUUCACUCAGUGUCCUCUUACUCGAUUUUUCAUGCAUGAUCACGCGUCGCUGACUUGUCUCUAUGGCAACUGAGCAAACUUCCUCUGCUAACAGACGACUGUUCGACAUGGUAGAAAGCUCCAGACAAAGCUGAGGACUGGACCUUGAGUGGAGAUUUCUGAUCUGUUUGUUUUACGUCACUGAAGCAGAGACUUGACUGAGACCCGACGAAAGCCAAGUACAGGAGGAAGAAACCGAGCUUAUUUAGAGGAGACACCUCACCUACUGGUGUCCUCACCUGCUGUCCGAGCUGCAGUUCAGCGGUGAGUGUGUCCACUCACUGUACGUCCACAUGGACGUGGACAUGCUAGACGCAGGUUUAGUCAGUCUCCUCGUUCCCUAUAAAGAUGAACAUCAUGUGAGAGUGAAGCGUUUCCACAGAAACACUGAACUCAGACUCUCAGUUUGUGUGAAUGAACACGGAGACUCUUUACAGGAGAUGGUCUCAGAUCAGACACCAACUGAUUCUGGAUCAGUAGGUGAAGUUUGAGCUGGAUGGGCUCCGUAGACAGGUGCAUGCUGGGAACGCGUGGAUGAGUGAGUGGAGGUUGGACCUGCGGUUUUCACUGAUGCUGUUUGUUUCCGGAGUCGUUCAGUGAGACUCGGAGGUUCAGCCUGUUUUCUGCUCUGAGACACGUGAAGUAAGGAACCGGAGCCACCCUUUAACCAGAUACAGUUAGUUCAGGUGUGUUUCAGGUGUGUUUCAGGUGUGUUUCCGCAGUGACGAUGAGGACCUGGGUGGGUUUGAUUUAAUGAUCUGUUUCUUUAUGUUUUGGGGAGGUGGUUGGGUGGAGUUUGUUGGGGCCUCAUUUCUGACUUCUGUUUGGAACAUAUCUCACAGAAUGUACAGAAACGGUUUCAAACGUAAGAUUAAAUCUAGACUUUUUUUUUCUUUGCAGCUAAAUUUGAAAAAAAAAAAGAUUUUUUUGUCGAGUACAUGUAUUGCGAGGCCUCAUUUAUGUAGAUGUUUCACUCCAUUCAAAUAAAAAACAGAAAAGUA